AAUAUUGAACAAUACUGUAUUAUUUAUUAUGAUUAUUUCUAUCGUAUAUGUUAAAUUUAUGUUCUAAAGCGUUAUUGAGCAAUUGCUACAUUAUUCACGUUUACAUUAUAUGCAGUAGAGCAUGUAAAAUGUUUAGGCCUAAUUUAUAGAUCUGUGAAAACAUGUACAAUUCAAUCAAUCGUUGACCAGCCGUAUGCUGAAUGGAUUUUGUCAAUAAAAAUCAUGAAACAACACUAUAAACACAAAGUUCAACAAUCUUUCUGUUGAAACUUAUAUACUUGUUAAUCUAUAUACAAUUUGACAAUUCCCUAUUGACAGUCUUGGCAAAUUGAAUAAUUAAGAAAUAAUAAUACUGAUAAAUCUCCAUUUUCACCUACACUAUAGAGCUAUAAAUAAAAAUUGAAGUCAUGUUUUUUGCAUGAAACAUGAAAAUUUUGCAACAUUGUCCAAGUGUCGAGAAGUUUUAUUCAGUGUAUAAGUGUCUCAAAACUUAUUCUUUAAAAUUGAAGCAGUAGGAUGUCCACAUGUGACCAGGGGACUGAUAGCCAAUCACCAGUCUCAGAGCACAAUUCAUUGAGUGGAAAAUCAGAUUCCAGGUUGACUAAGACCAUUGAAAAAGAAGUGUGUGGUGGUAAAAUAGCCAAAGUAGUAUCAGUAAGGUUGGAGGAUUCGUUUGAAGGCUGCAUUCAACAGAAGUUGUGUCCAUACCAGAUGGCGACAGUUACUGUUAAAAAGGAGGAGGAUGAUAACAGCCAGCAACCAGCUGCAGUGGAAGAGGAUUGCAGGCAACAACAUUAUCUAAUCCCUGGCUACAACAUGAUCUUCAUCAAAGAGGAGGCAUAUGAUGAGCAAGAGGCUGAAGGAAGUGCAGUGAAGAGUAAACCAGAGAUGUGGCCUUCAAACUGCAGCACAUCUGACCGAGACUAUGCAACAGAAGUGGGUGGACUGAAUGAGCAUUCAAUCUCUCCAGUGGAAAAGUGCACUGAGUCAUCUGUGGCUGGCAAAAAGACCAAGCUCUACAGCUGUGCUCACUGUAGCUAUAAAACACCAAAGUUUAGUCAUUUGAAGAUACACAUUAGAAAACACACUGGAGGAAAACUAUUCAAUUGCGAGUUUUGUGACUACAAAAGUGCUAGGUUAGGUCAUUUGAAAGAACAUAUCAGAACACAUACUGGAGAAAAGCCUUUCAGCUGCAAGUUUUGUGACUACAAAAGUGCUCAGUUAAAUAAUUUGAAAACACAUAUCAAAACACAUACUGGAGAAAAGCCUUUCAGCUGCAAGUUUUGUGGCUACAAAAGUGCUACGUUAGGUAAUUUGAAAGAGCAUAUCACAAAACAUACUGGAGAAAAGCCUUUCAGCUGCGAGUUUUGUGACUACAAAAGUGCUCAUUCAAGUCAUUUGAAAGCACAUAUCAGAACACAUACAGCAGAAAAACCUUUCAGCUGCGAGUUUUGUGACUACAAAAGUGCUCAUUCAAGUCAUUUGAAAGCACAUAUCAGAACACAUACAGCAGAAAAACCUUUCAGCUGCGAGUUUUGUGACUACAAAAGUGCUUAUUUAAGUCAUUUGAAAAGACAUACCAAAACACAUACUGGAGAAAAACCUUUCAGCUGCGAGUUUUGUGACUACAAAAGUACUACGUUAGGUAAUUUGAAAGCACAUAUCAGAACUCAUACCGCAGAAAAACCUUUCAGUUGCGAGUUUUGUGACUACAAAAGUGCUGAGUUAGGUAAUUUGAAAAAACAUACCAGAACACAACAUACUGGAGAAACACUCCAAGCUUUUGUGACAAAAAAGUGCUUAUUCAGGCUAUUUGAAAGCACAUAAAUUAGAACACAUACUGGGGAAUCAACUUCUAGCUAAACAUUUCAAGACACACCUGUAUUAUAAAUCACUUUAUUCUCACUCCAUUGUAUAAUUUUACAAACAAUACCAUAGUAGAUGAGUUCUUUCCUCAUUAUGCUAGGCCUGUGUUAAGGUUUGGGUUGCCUUAUUAUUAUUGUAUAUACAAAUAUGCAAUCUAUUAAAUACAGUAAUUAUGAGAUUCAUGAACAAAACUAGAAUAAUAAUAAUCUGAUAAUUUGCUUAAAAUUUUGUACUUAUUCAAAUAUUUUUAAAAGUCAUAUCAAUUUCCAUUGAAGGAAAACAUCAGCUGGAAAUAUCUCACAAUAAACUUGGUAAGAACUUAGGCAUCUUAACUUUAGGCCAAACGGUUUUUUCAAUAAAGCAUAUUUAUACCUCAGCUGAGCCUGUUUGAACAUUUUUGCCAAUUAGUUCUUAGAAAUGCUGAGAAAAUGCAGAUGUUGUGUCUUGGAAAAUUUGCCACUGGAAGUAUGGAACUAAAAUCUUGAUACUUUUAAGAAAUCAAUAAAAAAAAGGUUAAAAAUAAAGCAUUUUAUUCAAUGGAGGAAAUGCUGGUCUGUAAUUGUUAUCCAUAGCUAAAAAUAUUCAAGUAGGCUAUUUGUAUUAUAAUUUGCAAUAUUAAAAUGUAUAACAUGUACUUGUAUACAAAGUAUCAAUGUUUCUAUCUUCUUUUUAUUGAAAAUUAUAUUAUGUUGGAAAUUAUUGUAUAGUGUGGAGGAAAUGGGUUUUUUACCUGUUGUCUCCAUAAAUAAAUAUAUCCAUUAAAUAUAAUUAUAUAUCCGUUAUUGUAUCCUUAUGAAAUGACUUUUGUCAAUGCAAUUAUUUUGUUUGUGACAAUAAAACAUUCUUGAUUCUUGUCAAAUCUGUUCUUAGUGCGCCUUUAGAUGGCCAACCGAACAUACAUGCCAAAUUUGAAUGUAUUU